AUGGAUGCGCCCCUUGGCUUUGCGGUCCUGGAGGGCGUCCUGGCCGUGGCCAUCCUGGCCAUCAACCUGCUCGUGUGUGCCACCAUCUACCUGCACAAGGAGCUGAGGUGCAUCCCCAACUGCCUGAUCGCGUGCCUGGCGGUGGCCGACCUCGGCGUGGGGGCCUUGGCCAUCCCCUUCUCCGUGGUGCUCAGCCUGGAGCUGGCCCUGCGCUUCUACACCUGUCUCUUCCUCACGUGCUUCCCGCUGGUCACCACACAGUUCUCCAUCCUCCUCCUCUUGGUCAUCGCCAUCAACACCCACCUGAAGGUCAGGCUGCCCAACAGCUACGCCGUGCGCAUGAAGAAGGGCUGGAUGGCGACCGCCGUGGUCUUCUGCUGGCUGAUCUCGCUCCUGAUAGGCCUUCUGCCCAUGAUGGGCUGGAACCGCUUCCAGCAGUACGUGGAGGCCGGCAACAGCACGCUGACGUUCAGCUUCCCCUCCGAGAGAGCGGCCCUUGUCAUCAUAGCCGGAGACAUCCCUUACGGAGGGCUCCUCUCCAAGGUUUAUCCUGGGCCCCAGAACUUCAGCUCUGGCAAAACCCCCAGUGGACACCAGGGCCUCUGCUGCUUCACCUCCAUUUUUAGCCCAGACUACCUCGCCUGCUUUCUCUUCACCUGCACCUUGCUGCCCCUGGCCGCCAUGCUGGGCAUCUACGUGGACCUCUUCCGCGUGGUCCGUGGCCACUUCCAGGCUCUGUGGCCCGCCAAGAGAAGGGAGUUGCGCAUGGCUCGCACCCUCUUUCUCCUGCUGGGCGUCUUCUGCCUGUGCUGGGGACCCCUGCAGGUCAUCUACUGCGUCCAGCUGCUGUGCCCCAGCUGCCAGACCCGCGAGUCCCUGUACCGCCUCGCCGUGCUGCUCUCCCACCUGAAUUCCCUGGCCAACCCUCUGGUCUACGCGCUGAGGAAGAAGGACCUUGCGCUGGCCCUGCGCUCCGUGUUCCUCCACCGUGUCCUGCGCUGGCCAAGGCUGAAGGCCUGCUGUUGCCCCAACCCCAAGGUGCACCCCCAGGUCUGA